UUUUUACGUAUGUCCAAAGGUAAGCAAACACAUGUUCUAGCUAGAGAAAAUUUUCUUGAACUCUCAUCUUUUAUAUCGGUCCAUGUUCUUAUUUUUUGUUAAAUUAACUUCGAGUUGCCAACAACAACAAAAUUCUUUUUUUUUUUUUGGGUACCAAAAUAAUAGACUAAUAUAUAACUUGUGUGUAUAAGAUUCACGAAAACAAUAGCAUAAUUUAUUUGGGGACAGAACAAUGAGUUUCUCGGUGGUCUUGUUCCACAAUCCUCACUGUGCAACAACAACAACAACAACCAUCUUCACAGUCUCAUCAUCAUCAUCAUCUUUCAGACCAAGAAGAAAUCUUUCUUCACCUAAUCGUAUCUUUACCACCAAUCAACCUAAACCCUUGGUCAAAAAACUUCAAGUCAUCGAAACCCUAGCCGCCAGAGACACAAUCAUAGACUUCGGCAAACACAAGGGCAAAAUGCUUGGUACUUUGCCUUCUUCUUAUCUCAAAUGGGUCUCAAAGAAUCUUCGUGCAGGAGAUACUGAGUAUUGGGCAAAGCUCGCAGACGAAGUCCUCGAAGACGAUGUUUACAAAGAUAGAGCAGAGUGGGAAUUUGCCGAGAAAAUCCUCCAUGGAAGUGAUGAGAGCAUGAGGGCUUUAACUUCUGUAAAGAAGAACAGAGAAGAAGCGAACUCUGUUUCUAUGCUGUUGGAGAUUAGUGAGAAAUUUGGUUGGGAUAAUGAAGAUAAGAUUGGUUGGAGCAAGAUCAAUUUCGAGCUUUUGGGGACAAGCAAAGGUGGUCGGAUUCCUAGGCUAAGGAACAUGAACGAAGAGGAAGAAGAGAGAAGAGAGAUGGUAAGAAGAAGAGAGGUUGAGAAGAAGGAAGAAGAGGAAGAUGAGAAUGGAUGGAGGAGAAGACAGAGGAGAGAGAGGAUGAGACAGAGUCUUGGAAGAGAUGAUGGCAAAACUGUGGAUAGGAGUGAGAAGAAGGGUAUUUUGGGGAGACAAGGAGAUAUAGAGAAGAAACUUGAGCCAAAGAUUCAAAGUCCUUUUCCUGGUCGUGAGAGUCUGCUGAAGAAAGUGAUGAACAAGAGAAGGUCUCAAUGAAUAUUGAAAGUUUUGAUCUUUGUCUUGUUGUUUCUUUUGAUUGUGAGUUUACAUUUUCGCAAAGAGAAGCAAAAAGGCAAAUCCUUUCUGAGUUUGUGAAAUAGAAAGUUACCAACUUUGCUUUAUAUGCUCAACUUAAAUCUUGUAAGAGAGUGGAGAUUAUACAGGUUCAUCUCAAGUUUCAGAUCA